UUUCAUUUCCUUCCAAAAGUAAAAGAUUUCGCCCUAGCUAGGGUUCUUCAUCUCUCUUUCAAUUUGAAGGUGAUUCAGGCAUACCCCAACAGUCCCUUCGUUCUUGCAGGAUGAACCUACCAUGGGAUAUCCUGUCAGACAUUCUUAUUCGGCUUCCUCUGAAGUCACUCGCACGAUUCAGGUGCGUAAACCAAUCGUGGUCCAAUCAAUUAAAAUGCCCCAAAUUUCUUAAAGCCCGGAAUGAUUAUGCUGUUGAAAUGGGCAAGUUCAAUCUCAUGUUCCAUAAUCACAAUGAUGUUUAUACCUUUAGUUACGAUUCAUCGUUAUCUACAUGUGAGGAACUUAGUCAUGUCGAAUACUUUGAUAAAUCUAACAAGAAGCAAAUUGAGGUUUUAGGAUGUUGUAAUGGUUUGGUUUUAUUAAGGCACAUUUAUAUGCUUAACGAUACAUCAUUGUCCUUUGUUCUUAUCUUGUGGAACCCGACUACGAAUGAAUGUAAAAGAUUACCAAAUCCACCGGUUGGAAAGCAGGUUAAGGAUAGGAAUUAUGUAGAGUAUGGGUUUGGUUAUGAUGAACAAAUCGAGGAUUUCAAAGUGGUACAUUUGACAGAGGCUUUUCAUGGUCGUUGGUCUCAUUGUGAGGUAUAUGUCUAUACUCUGAAAGGGAAUUCAUGGACAGGAGUUGAUGAAGUUGACAUAGAUGGUUUAUAUUAUCCAAGAAUAAUUGAUAUGGGUCGAUGGCCUGUUAACGGAGCUUUUCAUUGGAUAGCACAGAUGGAACGAAGCGAUUUCUUGCACAGCUUUUUUCUUCUCCGGUUCGAGUUCGAGACAGACGACUUGGAUGCAGUGCCACUGCCGGAUUUUGAUGAAAAUGCCAUAGUAUGUUUGUGUGUGUUAGGGGGAUCACUUUGUUGUUUUUGUUAUAAUACUGAGGUUAUGGGUGUGUGGGAGUUGAAGGACAAUAGGGAGGACAAGGCAUCAUGGACCAAGCUUUUCACCAUUGAGCUAAGAGAACACUUUGGGGAAGUUUCUAGUUAUAUGCCCUUGCAAUUUUUAAAGAAUGGAAAGAUUGUGUUAGGGAUAGUGCUGGCUGAUAGAUGUUUGCAUAUUGGUCUGUAUGACCCAAAACAUUCUACAUUUGAAACUAUUAAUUCCCAUGAUGAAUCUCUAAGGGGUUGUGCUCUCAUUACAUCUGUUUAUGUGGAGAGUCUCUUUUCACUUGGCACGGGAACUUAUCUAGGGAAAAUACAAUGGGAGGCCUCAGAAGAAGAAGAUUUGAUUGACUCCUCGGAAGAAGAUAAUGAGGACGGUAAUACUGGCGGUGGUGGUGGAAGAAGAAUAAAGAAUUGAGGAGAAAUAUCAAGCUAGUCAAUGUGAGUGUUAUGCGCUUAUCCCCUAGAAUAUGUCAAGCUGAAAUGUUCUUUUUGUUAGAUUUUAGUUGAUGUUUUUUUGUAUUUCUGUUAUAAUUUCAAGACGUUAUUGCUUAUUAAGUUAGUCCGGUCUAUCAUGGAAUUUUUUUUCCUGAUUUGUGGAACAGAAAAGGAUUGAUAUUUGGUCUUGGCCAGACCAAGAUUCAUGUUCCAGGUUUUUAUUUUAUGUUGGGUGUUUAAAGUUCACUUACAUCCUAUUUUACCUAUAUUGAGGCUGCUGUUUCAAGCUUUAUUUCAAUGCACAAGUUAGUCUGU